AUGCGUGCAGUAGUCUUGAAAGGGGUGAAGAAGGUCGUGGUCGAGGACAGACCCACACCAACCAUUCAGGCCCCCACGGACAUCAUAGUCAAGGUGCGGUACACGGCGUUAUGUGGCAGCGAGCUCCACGUCUUCCGCGGCCACCAGCCCUCGGCAACCAAUUUCAUAAUGGGCCACGAAUUCACGGGCGUCGUGGAGCAAGUCGGCUCGGCCGUGCAACUGCUGAAGCCUGGGGAUUCCAUCGUCUCCCCCUUUACGGUUAGCUGCGGCAAAUGCUUCUACUGUACUCGCGGUGUUUCAUCGCGUUGCGAGAAAUGCCUCCUCUUUGGCUGCCCGUUACUGGAUGGCGCCCAGGCUGAGUAUGUAAGGGUGCCACUGGCGGAAACGACGGUGCUCAAAGCCCCGGAUGGCAUCGACGACUUGAAGCUCUGUCUCAUGGCAGACAUCUUUCCAACUGGAUGCUUUGCAGCCGACAAUGCUCUUGGCAAACUGACGCCCCAAAUUGCCAACGAGAGCGUCGUCGUGCUGAUUGGCUGCGGGCCUGUAGGGCUCUGCGGGUUGAUCGCUGCCUUGGAGUACAAGCCGAGGGCUUUGUUGGCUGUCGAUGGCAUCGAGAGUCGUCUGGAUAUAGCCAGAGGCCUUGGGGCUGAGCCCUGGAACUAUCAAACCGAUCGAGAGGGUCUCUCCAAGCGCAUCAAGGAACUAACCGAUGGCCGCGGAGCCGACGUGGUUAUUGAGAUCGUAGGGCAUAGUGCAGCUCUUGAAAUGGGAUUCGAGUUGCUUCGACCUUGGGGCACUAUUUCAAGUGUUGGCGUUCACAAUGGAGAAAUACCAUGGAGUGCAAAUCAAGCUUAUGGGAAGAAUUUGACAAUACAGAUGGGGAGGUGCCCUGUGAGGAGCAUCUUCCCACGGGCACUUAAACUGCUUGAGAAAAACCAACAUCUCUUGGACUUCAUGACUGAAACAGUCAUGCCACUUAGUCAAGCCGUCCAAGGUUACGAAGCAUUCGACACGAUGAAGGUUAACAAGGUCAUAUUCGAUGCGGAAAGGUAG